GCCGAAAGGCGAAGCGUCGAAUCGAAAUCGAGGCCAGCGAGGCGGCGGCGAAAGGGGAGUGGCGGCGAGGGGCCCACGCGUCAGAGACAGAGCGGGGGAAUUCCUCACCACCGGCGGGCGACGGCCAUGGCGUCCUCCUCCUCCUCCUCCGGCGGCGGCGGUGGCGGCGCCGAUCCGAUGGCGCUCGUGCAGGGGUACACGGCCGAGGAGCUGGCCAUCGCGGGGGAGUUCCUCACCACCUGGCUCCCCUUCCUCUCCGCGGGCCUCUGCCCCUCCUGCGUCGAGUCGCUCCGCGGCCGCGUCGACUCCUUGCUUCCGCGAGAGGAGGAAUCGCCGCCGACGCCGACGCCGACGCUUCAGAUCGAUCAGAUUGAGCCGACCGGGUGGGACUCGGAUCCCGCUCCCCAGAAGCAUCCGCCUUUCGAGCCCAGCGGAUGGGAUUCGGAUCCGCCCCCGCACCCGCCCCCGCCGCCGCAGCAGCAGCCGGCGCCGGCGCCGGCGGAGAAACCGAGGAUGUCGUGGGCGGACAUGGCUCAGGAGGACGAGCUCGCCGCGGCGGCGGAGGAGGACGCGGCGGCCGCGGCGGCUGAUGACGGGGAGGAGGGGGGCGAGGUUGGGAGGCCCAAGGUGCAGCUGACGAGGGACCAGCGGGAACAGAGGAGGUUCAAGAACGUGGUGCGGAAGAAGGAUUUCAUCUGCCUCGAGAGAGUUAAUGGCCGCCUCGUCAACAUCCUUGAGGGCCUUGAGCUUCAUGCUGGUGUGUUCAGCUCAGCUGAGCAGCGGCGCAUUGUUGAAUGCGUGUAUGACCUCCAGGAGAGAGGCAGGCGUGGGGAGCUCGGAGAUCGCACAUACACUGAACCCCAAAAAUGGAUGCGUGGUAAAGGCCGGGUAACAAUCCAAUUUGGAUGCUGUUACAAUUAUGCUACGGAUAAGAAUGGAAAUCCACCAGGCAUUAUACAAACCAUUGUUUCUGAUCCAAUGCCUGAUCUCUUUAAAACUAUGAUUAAAAGACUGGUACGAUGGCAGGUUCUGCCGCCGACUUGUGUACCAGACAGCUGCAUUGUAAAUAUAUAUGAACCUGCAGAUUGCAUCCCACCACAUAUAGAUAGCCAUGAUUUUGUUCGGCCAUUUUGUACCGUUUCUUUCCUCAGCGAAUGCAACAUUCUUUUUGGAUCUAACCUGAGAGCUUCUGCCCCUGGAGAAUUCACUGGUUCAAUCGCGAUCCCUCUCCCUGUCGGGUCUGUGCUUGUCUUGAAUGGCAAUGGUGCUGAUGUAGCAAAGCAUUGUGUUCCAGCAGUCCCGACCAAAAGGAUAUCCAUUACCUUCAGAAAAAUGGACCCAGCAAAGUGUCCAUUCAAUUUUAAAGAUGAUCCGGAACUGCUUAACCUUACACCUCUAGGGACAGUUGUGCAAGAAGCUGGCAGAUCAUCAAAUGAAGGCAAGAGCAAGCUACCUGAUGUCCAAACAACAAAUCUGAGCAAAGUAUCCAGAGGCAAGAGGUCUAAAGGAAGAACAUCUGCUGGGAAAGUUGGAAGUGGCAUUCUUGGAGACCAACCUCCUGGGCAUGAUGAAGCCCCUGCAGUAGAAGUUCUGUCACGGCAAGGUCUGCAUGACCAGCGCCCUGUCUCUGCGUCAAGUGCUGAGAGAGAAAGGAACUCUGGCGGCUGGUCAAGAGAACCAAGAUAUCAAUCUAAUGCUCUUGGCAUGCAGGCUAAGGUGGAUGAUAUCAGAGAGUGGCCACGUCGGUUGGCACAAGAGAGACGGUAUGGCAAUGGCACUAAUUCCAGUGAAGAUGGUGCGGAAUCUGGGGAAAGGAGACCGCGGGUGGAGCAUAGACAGAUCUCGUUGAUAAACCGAACAAUUAACGAUGACAUGGAUCCCCUUUCAAUCACAAGCCGUGAAUCAGUUGACCAGGCUCGUGCUAGCGUGCGAACCUUGUAUAACAAGCCAAGGAGGACCAGAGUAGGCCUGGAUGAUUGAGCCAUGAUCAUGCCUGCGAAAUCUUUUGUGGAAAGAGCCCUGGACAUCUGAAAGGAUAUUUAAUUUGUAUAUUGCAUUGGGUGAUACGGAAGCACCAAAAGAUAGCGUAGAACUUCUCGUGGUAGACGUGUAUUGAAUGGACUAGGAACAAAGUUUGUUGCAAGAUAACAGGCUCCUGCUCUUUUGUAGAUAAAAGUGUCUCUACCGGAUGUUGUAAUUUUGACUGUGCAUUGGUGAUUGAUGACUGCUCAACAAUUUGAUAGUACAA